AUGUCGAAUCCAUCAGAAGAGACAAACAUUACAAAACGUUCAAGGCUAUUUAAGGGCAAGGUGGUUCAACACAGAAAUAAUCUGAAGAAAAGAAGUCGACAUAGUCAUAAUCCUAAUCACCGUCAUCAAAGUACAGGAGAUAUUACGCAAUCAUGUAUACAAAUGGAUCAAAAUGGAUCAACCAUGUGUAAUAAUAGUACUAAAGAUGACACUGGAAAUACUGGAAGAAAAAUGCCUCGAUGGUUACGUCUUUUGAAGUUGACAAGUAUAAGUGCUACCACAAAUAUCACAUUAGAUGGACUGAAUAAAACAGACAAUACCACUGGUCAUCAUCAAUAUCAUCAUCGUCAAGGGAAUCUUAACUCACAACACCACCACCACCAACAACAACAACCCCAAGAAGAGAUUCAUUCAUUCCUCGGUAAUCUUGGUAUUGGAGCUUAUGUUGGUGAAGAAGAGAAUGCAUUUGUUAAUUCCGAUACUUCAGAAGAUAUUCAGCUGACAAAUAAAUCUUCGAGUAAACCAAUAUCAAAGUCGAUGAUAAAUUUAUCAUCGAUUAGUCUAUGGCAACCUAAACGUAGAACAAGUGAUCAGACAAAUGAUACAGAAGCGUUGACUAAAGAGAUUGUUGACCAGUACAGUUGUUCAUCACGAUCAUCUCGAAAUGAUUCACCCGCUGAUAAGAUGUCAACCUCAAAGGGGACGACAACAAGAACACCAACAACAGCAGCAGCAAUAUCACAGAAUUUAGAUCAAUUUCGACAGAGUGAAUUCUAUGAAUCAAUGCCUCUGAUAAUGAAGACGGUUAUUCACCAAACAUCUGUUCUAAAUAUCAAUACUAAUAUGAAACAGAAUUAUUUUAAAGGAUUUAUGUCGAAUAAUCUAACACCUAAGCCUUCAACAAAUACAAUAACAAGAACUAAUAAAUAUUCAUUAUCCAGCUUGGAUGAUUAUACUGAUGAACAGUUGCAGCUGGAUACAACAUACUCGUUCUAUCGGAUACCAGACUAUCUAAAAGAAUUGUAUAUAGCUGAUGCAUGGUUGGACAAUCUACUCAUUUCUGAUAUAUUACACAGUCGGUGUCAUUCUCCAAUAAGAAAACCAGCUGAUUAUCGAUCACGGCGGACACGGGCUGAAAGCAGUUCAUCAAGUUCAAAUAAAACUUCAAAACGAACAUGCAGUGAACAACGUUAUGAAGAGACACAAUUAAUUGCUGGUCUAUGGGAUAGAAAAGAAAUGGAUGUUAUUCAAAAAUCCAUUCGUGGGGCAAUUUCUAUUAUUGAAUUAAAAAUGUCUUCUAAAUAUAGGUGUUUGGGUGAAUCAUUUUCAGAUAUGAGUGCAGUUAUCUUUAGAAAUUCUUCAAAUGAAAUGAGCAUUCCAAUCUCCUUGCGCUCAUUUGUUCCGGAGACUGAGAAAGCAAUUGUCAAUAAUAAAGAGAUCAAUGUUUGGAAGAAGAUAUACGCUGAAGAAGUUGUGAAUAUUGUUAAACUACCUCGUUUCCCCGUAGAACAAACAAUCAGCCUGGAGACAAUUCAUCAAUCGCAGAAAUCAACACUAUUCCUUUAUUCCGACCAUUUAGUGUUAACACAAUGGCCAUUGGACCAGAGGCGUUUUUAUCAACUGGUGAUUUAG